AUGGAUCUUGCGGAAUCUGAGCUGCGGCAGUCGCCGCCUCCUCCAUAUGGGGCAUUUUCGUAUGGCACAGAAUACCAGUACGGCGAACACUACGCUAACCAGGUACCUUCGGCGAUCAGUUACCAGAGAAACGAUGCCGUUCCCCAAUUCCCGGGUGAUGUCCCGCCUUCUCCCCACGUGGCAGCAGCCAAUCAAGUCCACAUCAACCCGGCUCAUGGACGAUUCAAUUCUGCAUCUUCAGACGUCCCUCCUUAUGCUCGAGCUAGUGCGUAUGAAGAUCUAACGAAGAAUGGCAUCCCAGAUCCAACUGAUCUCUUGGACAACUACUUUCCGUUUAGGGAUGUUUCACUUGACCGUCCAGGCUCCACCGCGGGUGUCCUCAAGAUCCUCAAUACUCCAUAUGAUGUCACCAAGAACGAGAUUGUCGCUAUGCUUGGGCGUGACGCUAAAAUCGCCACCUACCCAUCGUCUUCAAGCUAUUACGGUAUCCACAUCAUGUUUGAUCGAUCCACAGGCAAGACCGGUGAGGUAUUGGUAGAGCUCCAAAGUGACGAGGAAGCACAAAAUGUUGCCAAGUCAUUGGAACGAUACUCCAGACGUACCGGGAAAGCCCGCAUGUGCGGUAAUCGCGUCACGUCGAUUGAGGUUGUUGGACAGGAAGAGCUGAUGGCGCUAUUGUUUCCAAAAGCCAAGUGCUGCGGAUGGAUUGGUCAAUAUGCACAUGUUCGGGAUCCGAGCGAGCAUGAGUCUGCGUUCGAAGGCUUCAUGAACACUGAAGAGCUGCGUCAGAUCGUUAUGCAUGCUCAAAAGCCCGGCAAGGGACAAUUCGGCAAGAACGCGCCACAGCGACCUUAUGAAGCCCUAAUCUCAGUAUUGCAGAAAUUUCCAUGGCACCAGUCAGACCAUAUAACUUUGGCUGAGCGCGACAAUAUCUUCAAUACCGUCCGUGACAUGGUCGGUCUUCUGGUGCGUCAGGUCUGUCAGGAAUCGAAGCACUCGGGUCAGUUCGGCUUGAAACUCAACCAGCAGCUGCUCAAUGAGCUCGUGAUUGUUUCUUGCAGCGAAGCCCUCUUCAAUCCUGCCCAGCAACGUCAUCUUCUGGAUCUCACGUACGGCGAAACUCAGGUGAACUACCCUCUGCCUCGUCUCGCCAAUUGGUGGCCGUUCGAAGUUCUCACCUACCGACCUGGCGUCAACGAGAAGCUUCUUGAGUACUACGCGAUUCUAAUCAAGCAAGCCACGACGUCUCCUGAUGUCAACUCUCCAGAGGAGCUUGAACAAGUUCGUCGUAUGAUUCCGCUCAUGGACACUCUACCUUUUGGAGCUUUCAUUAUGCGUUACGACGAGAAUAAGUUCCUGAUCGACUGCGCAGACAUUGCUCGCAUGGAAGAGGACAUCGUGACGUAUCUUAUACGUCGUGUCAUGGACAAAGCGGCAGAUUAUGGCAUCUACAUCCCGAAUUGUCAUGACAUCCCCGAUCCACAUGCUGGACCAGAUGCUAUGGUGCCAUGGGCCGGUGACGUCUACUGA